AUUCCUAAACCCCAGUCCCCAAAAAGCCGAAGGUUUAAGGAGGAGGAAGAAGAAGAAGAAGAAGAAGAAGAAAUGUGGAGGAAAGUCUUAACCUGCGCACUCCAGAACCACCCAUGGCGCACUAUAGCAUUCCGGCGCUCCUCCACCUCCGUCUCCUCCGCCGUCGACUCCAUGAUUCUCCGCUCCCUCAAAGAUCACUAUCUCGAAGUCUCCAAAAUGGCCCCUCCCCCUAAGGUGGAUCCUCCGUCGGAGUUCUCGGUCGUGAAGGGCGCGCUGGACAACAACGGUCCGGUGCUGAGGAGAAGCUACGGUGACAAUGAGGAGAUCAGAGUGUCCGUAAUGCGUUUGGCCAACAUUAUUCCAGAUGGCGCCGAGGCCGACGGUGGCGGCGAUGGCGAGGAUGAUGAUAUCAACCAGCUUUUCCUUCACGUGGAGGUUUCCAAGGCAGAAGAGAAGGAGUCUCUGCAUUUUCUGUGCGGCUUGUAUCCUGACGCCCUGGGGAUUCACUCCGUCUCCAUGAGGCCCAAGCUCGAGCCCUUGGAAUCCAAUGUCGUUACGUCCUCUUACAGUGGCCCUGUUUUUGAAGACCUUGAUGAAAGGAUGAGAGAUGCAUUCCAUGGCUACAUAGACGAGCGCGGAGUGAAUGAUAGUCUCUUUCCAUUUCUUCAAGCGUGGCUAUAUGUAAAGGAUCACAGGAAACUUAUGCAUUGGUUCAAAUCAGUGGGAACAUUCAUUAAUGAUAACAGGUCUGCUAAAGAUGCUUGAUUUGAUGAGGUAGUUUAGGAAAUAGGCGUGUCGAUCAACUGUAAUACUAGAUAGAGUGAAUCGUAGUCAGUGAUGCCUCUCCAAUAUGGUUGCUGGUUGCUGGUUGCAGACUCAGUUUUGUAUGGCAAUGCUCCAUUGUUCUUUAUUAUGAAAAUCCCAGAUGUGUUCUGUUAACAGUUUUCCCGUUUUCUCUUGGAAAAUGUUAUUGUUGUUUGUAGUGCAUGCGAAUUCUGUUAUUUUUCAUGGUAUGUGAUUUG